AUGGAGCACAACACGGCACAACGAAAACCUGGAGAAAUUCCAGAUUGGUCUUUUAAAGGGUCAAGUCUGAUUGUUAUUGUGCGUGCGACUUCUCAAUCGCUACAAAAAACUUCAGGCUUAACGGCCAAUUACGCAGGCAAAUACUCAGGCGAGUAUUUCGGCUUCACUUCUACACCCACAUUGUCAGACUCGAAUUUCGUCGGUCAAUUUCUUGAGAUUUCGGAUCCUUGUGCUGUCAAUAAAAAAAAGGUUUUGUACAGAUAA